AUGAUCUCUCUUCUGGGAUAUCUGUUUACCUUCUCUGCUUUAGCAACAGGUAAGCAAUGUUUAAUUACUAUAAACGAUUAGGAAAUUGUUUCUCUCGAUGUAAUAAUUUCUAAUCCACUCAAUGAAUAGAGAUUUAGUUAUCCCCCGUGUUCAGCGUCAUUUUUUUCAUUGUGAAUGUUAUAGAAAAAGCAUCCACUUAACUGAUUUUUAAUUGUGAGGCUUAAACAAGUUGUAAAAGAUUUCCUGAAAGACCUUUAAUAAAUGUAUUGGGGUAGAUAUACAUUCAAAGAUACAUUGAGAUUUCUCUCAUUUUCAAUUAAAUCCUAAGCCCACAAACGCCCCAUUGUUACAAUAGGGAACAGCAUUAUAUUAAUAAUACAAAGUAAUAUGAAAAUACACAGUAUAAAGAUAAAAAAAAGUCAUAUUUAAAUACAGAUAUACAUUUACAACAGAACAAGUAAGAAAUAAAAUUACAGGUGCAUUCUGUACUGAGAUAUGUUGACAGGGAUCUCUUAAAUGAUAUUAGGGUGGAGGAAGAUUUAUUUGUGCCUGCGAGGUUGUUCCAUACGUGUGCGUUGUAGAAAAAUGAGGAUCAAGCUAUUAUUAUUAUUAUUAUUAUUGCCAUUUAUAUAGUGCCAACAGAUUCCGUAGCACUUUACAAUAUUAUAAGAGGGGGGAUUUAACUAUAAAUAGGACAAUUACAAGAAAACUUACAGGAACGAUAGGUUGAAAAGGGCCCUGCUCAAACAAGCUUACAAACUAUUGGAGAUGGGGUAUAAAACACAUUAGGACAGGAAAUAGCAAUCAAAUAAGCUGGGAGUGAAUCAGAGCUGGAGGAGAGAGUAGAUUGCUGCACUUUAGGAGAGAGCAAGAGACAGGUAUGUGAGGUAGAGGUUAGUCUGGGAGGCCAUAGGCUUUCCUAAAGAGAUGGGUUUUAAGGCAAUUCUUAAACGAUUAAAGACUAGGGGAGAGUCUGAUGGCGGUAAGCAGGCUAUUCCAUAGGAAAGGAGCCACCCGCGAGAAGUCCUGAAAGCGUGAGUUGGCAGUACGGGUGCGAGCAGUGGACAGAAGAAGGUCACGGGCAGAGCGGAGAGACCAAGAAGAAGCAUACCUAUGGAUUUGUGAGGAGAUAUAGAUUAUUCAGUGGUUUAUAGGUAUGGGUUAGCACUUUGAAUUAACUCCUAUAGUAUACAGGAAGCCAAUGUAAGGACUGACAGAGGGGUGAGGUGUGAGAGGACCGACUAGAAAAUCAGUCUGGCCGCAGCAUUCAUCACAGACUGUAGUGGGGCAAUACGGCUAUUGGGAGGACCAAUUAGGAGAGAGUUACAAUAGUCCAUGCAAUAGAUUACUAGAGCAUGGACACAUGGACAAGCUCUUUAGUAGCAUCUUGUGUAAGAAAGGGGCAGAUGCGGGCAAUGUUUUGAGGUGGAAUUGGCAUGAUUUGACAUCAGACCAUAUGUGAGGCUCAAAGGUGAGGCCAGAAUCAAAAGUAACACCAAAACAACGUGCUUGUAAGGAUAGGCUGAUAUGGAUACCACCAAUCUGAAGGGAGAGCGAGAGAGGAGGAUUAAUAUUAGGAGGAGGACAGACAAGAAGUUCUGUUUUGGAAAGAUUCAGUUUCAGAAAGCGGGAGGACAUCCAAUCAGAGAUAGAAGAAAGGCAAGAGGUGACACGUUGCAGGACAUCAGGGGAGAGGUCCGGGGAGGAGAGAUAUAUCUGGGUGUCAUCAGCAUACAGGUGGUAUUGGAAUCUGAAAGAGGUUGCCAAGAGAGGCAGUGUAAAGAGAAAAUAGAAGGGGACCAAGGACAGAGCCUUGGGGGACUCCAACUGAGGACGAAUGGUGGAGGUAUCAUUAUAAAAGGAGACACUGAAUAAGUAUUGGGAGAGAUAAGAGGAAAACCACGAGAGGACAGAGUCACAGAGGUCGAGGGUUUGAAGAGUUUGGAGAAGGAGAACAUGAUAAACAGUGUCAAAAGCAGCGGAGAGGUCAAGAAGAAUUAGUAUGGAGUAGUGACCUUUGGAUUUAGCUGUGAUAAUGUCGUUAGUGACUUUGAUAAGGGCAGUCUCGGUAGAGUGGAGGGGGCGGAAGCCGGACUGAAGAGGGUCAGGGAGAGCGUUGGAGUUAAGGAAGUAGGCCAGAUGGGUGAAGACUAGUCUUUCAAGAAGCUUUGAGGAAAAAUGGAGCAGGGAUAUAGGACGAUAGUUAGAAGAGGAGGAUGGGUCGAGACAUGGUUUCUUUAAGAUGGGUACUACAAUAGAAUGUUUAAGGACAGCAGUAACAGUGCCAGAAGAAAGAGAGUAGUUGAAGAUGUGUGUUGAGGAGACAAGAGGAGAGAGAUCUGAUAAGGUGAGAUGGGACAGGAUCAAGCGGGCAAGUGGUGGGGCGAGAGGAAAGGAUAAGCACAGCCACCUCUUGUUCAGUAGCCUUGGAGAAGGUCGGAAGGCAUGAUCCAGGUGAGGUUGAGAAAGUGAGGGGCAAGGUGGUAAGAAUUCUUUCCUGUUCAAUCUUGUCAGUAAAGUAGCAUGCAUAACUAUCGGCUGUAAGGUUAGUUUGGGGAGUGAUCACAGCAGGAGUUAAAGGUAUCAAAGAGACACCUGGGAUUGUGAGAGCAUGAGGGAAUAAGAGAAGAAAAAGUAUGACUGUUUGGCAAGGGCAAGGGCUGUGCUGUAUGAACGCAAUAUGAAUUUGUAGUGUAGAAAGUCUGACUCAGUGUUUCUUUUUGUAAUACGUUAUACUAAAUAAAGUGUUGGUACUGGAUCUGAGAUUAUGGGAGGUGAAAACAUUCUGUGGGAGCAUUAUAUUCAGGUAGGGUAGGAGCUUCCCAGAAAAGCUCUUAAACACAAGGCUGGAAAGGUGGAGGGUGUGUCUGGAUUCCAGCUCUUUUAACAUGUCACAAGGGUGGGUCAUGUAAUUACAUUGUAGCACAGAGCGGUAGAAUGAGUUAAACAACAUAGUACGUUUAUGAAGGUGGGUUUGCAGCCCAGGCGCAUACACUACAUCCCCAUAUUCAAUGACCGGGAGGGGGACCCUGAGGGUGGGGGGGUACGAAGGAGGCUAUAUUGUCAGGAAAACUCGUUUCCUGACACUAUAGUGAUCCUUUAAAUCUGUAUCUAUCUGCCAGUAAGCUCCACAAUGAGUGGCUCAUUUUUAGUAAGUGCCUUGCUGCCAUUUUGUAAAGAUUGGAUGGCAAACCGGAGUACAUCUUCCAGAAUAUUACCAAGUUAUCAGGUUAUUGCCAGAGUGAUUAGCAGCUAGUGAGAUAUAGAAACUUUAUUGAAAAUUGGACCGUUACACUUUCAAAUGCAGGUUCUCCUACCACAAUUUGAGAAAUAGAAUGAUAUGGAAACUACUAGACUUAAAAAAUGUAGUUUGUUGAAAUUAGUCUGGAAAGAAAAUUGGUUCAGUUGAAUCAGGAUUUGUCCUUGUAACAUUUUGGAUUAGAUGAAUUUCACCUAUGAAAUAGUUUCAGGGAAAACAACUUGAGCAAACUAAUUUGGCAGGAAAAUACACCAUUUCGGGUAUUGUGAAAUAUAUACAUUAUAUGUUCAUUUUCCAACAAUUACAGAUCAAAUGAAAAGAAGCAUAAUACAUACUGUAAAUAUACAAAUAUAGAUUUUAACUGCUCCUUUUUUCAUCUAUUGGUCACUUCUCACUUGAACUGUGAAUAAAAAUGAACAUUUACAUUUUUCAAAAAAAAUGUUUUUUCAAUCAAUCAUUUUUUUUCUGUGGUGCCAUAGAAUGAACUCUGAAUAAUUAAUCAAAUUAAAGUGUUUGUCCAUUAAAUUUAUUACGUGAUUCAUCGACGUAGCCUUUCAGGUUUCGCGAUUUUGGAAGAACUACCGAUUGCCCAGAAUUCAGUCGAAACUCGAUUCAGGGGAAAACAAAUACAGAAGUUUAGAAUCUAGUAACAUUAUCAGGUGACUUUCACUGGUCACAUCAAUAAUUUGAAAGAGGGAAUAGUAUUAACAGCUUAGGUAGAAAGAAGAGAUCAUUAAAAGAAGCAGAUCCCCCUAAUUCUGCUUUUUAGGAGAUUGACAUUUCAGUCACGUAACAAAUGAGUUGAUAGAUGAUCCUUCAUGCCAUAUGUCAUAUGAAUGGGCAUUGUUUUGUGAUUUGACCUCCCCUCCAUAUCGAAACACGUGUAUUAUGAGUAUUAUGUUCUUUCUGAAAAAUACUUUAUGGAACAGACAGAGAGAGAGAUGGCCCCAGGAGUUCACUUAGCAAUGGUGGCUCACCUAUGAUGAAAGAAAGCAGGGGGGAUGCACAGAACUACCCCCAUCCAACCAGAGCAGGCACCUGCUUAACCAAUGCAUUGCAGGUUGGAGUGCUGCACAUCUGGUGUUUGUUCUGCUACUGACUUGUUAGUGGGUGAGAAGCAGGCCCUGAGGGGAUGCUCCACUGUUUCUCAGCUCCCUCGCACAUCCAGUGCUGAAGCUGAAGUUGGAAUGUGACUUCACCCCAGUCCAGGCAUCACUACCAAGCAGAAAGAAGGGGGGCAUCAGUACAGAGACUGGUCAAAGCAGCCCCAGUGGAUGACGUUCCACUCCAGAUCUCUGUUUCAAGGUAGGAGGUGGAGACCACUGUGAACCCUCACAGAAAAAUAAUACAGAGGAAGAAAAUUUCAAUUCAACGUAUUUGUAUAUAAUUAUAUAUUGUAUAUGAAUGAGUGGCAGUAUAUAAUGUGUGUGCAUCUCUUUGUGUCUAUAUAUAAGUUUGUAUGUGUGUUUGUGGGUACAUGAAUAUAUGCUUGUAUAUGAGUGACUGUGUGUAUAUGUGUCCACAUGUUUGCAUAUGUCUGUGUGUAUAUGUGUCCACAUGUUUGCAUAUGUCUGUGUGUAUAUGUGCCCACAUGUUUGCAUAUGUCUGUGUGUAUAUGUGCCCACAUGUUUGCAUAUGUCUGUGUGUAUAUGAAUGUAUGUGUGGACGCCUUUGUAUAUGAAUUAUUAUUAUUAGUAGUAGUAGUAUUUAUAUAGCGCCAGCUUAUUCCGCAGCGCUUUACAUUAAAAGGGGAAUUUACCAAAUGAGACAAUAACAAAAUGUAACAGGAGCAAUAGGUAGUUGAGGACUCUGCUGAAAAAGCUCACAGUCUUUGUGUGUAUGAUUGUUAACAUGUAAUUUCCCUAACAAAAGGGGGUUGGAAGGGUGCAUAGUGAGAUACAAAAAUAAUAUUACAACAAGGGUGAAGGUGCAAAAAUACAUUUCUGCCCGGGUGCCAUGUAACCUAGGUACGCCUCUGUACAGGUCUCAUUCCAGCCAUAUACUAUUUACCUUUUGCAUUAUUUACCUUUCUACAACUCGAGGAGUAAAAUUCUCUGAAGCCUAAUGGUAACUUCUGAGCAGUGUGACCCAAAGUCAAAAUUAGAUUAAAGCUCUUUUUAUUUAGUAUUAGUGAUAUCAAAAUGACUUUGUUUCUCCUUCCGUAUCCUGAAAAAGAGAAUCCCUGGCUUCAAAUUUGCAAGCCUACUUUUCCUCUCGUAGAAGGGCCCUUUAUCUGCUGAACAGACUGGUAAAUCUAUGCCCCUGUGAAUACAAAUACUCAUAUGAAUGCUUCUUGUGAUCCUACGCGUUUAAAUUCCAGUGAUUUUAAAGAAAAAAUACUUCAUUCCACUGUCCUAAUUUUUAUUUCAUGCAUUAAUAUUUAUAUUUUAGGUGGAUUCACUCUCUCAUGCAUAUCAUGCUUCUCAAACUUGUCUUCGAAUGGAUCCUGCACAGGAAACAAUGUGACUUGUCCUUCUGAUUACGUCUGUGCAUCUUCAUUCAUGGAAAUUAAAGACUUGGGUAAGCAAUACUUGUUAAUGGCUUGCGGGAAAUUCAGGGUUAUUCGCUAUAUCACAAAUUGCUGAGGGGUUCAAUGUAAAUUUUAAAUUGAAGGCCGAAAUAGAAAACUGUAAGUGUGAAAAUGGAAACAUUCUCCAAGUCAGGUGUUCUCAGUUUGACCAUUUGGUCUUAAAUUUGAAAUUCUCUUUGGAUUCACUUUGAAUUCCGAACAAUUCUUACUUUAGCGAAAAACCCAGAAAGGUUUUAUUUGCUUAUAACACUUCUAGUGCUGUCAGAAUAAGAAAUACGAGCAUGAGGAAUGCCAUGAGCCAUCAAGGGAAUUUCCCCUGUGACAUACUUUUGACACCCGUAGCCUUAAUAUUAUCCUCAUUAUUAUUAUUUUUGUUGGUUAUUAUUGUUUUUUGUUAUUGUAGAAUAAUAAAAAACUAUUUAGUACACAACGGACACAUAGCAACAUAUUUUUUUCAUAAUUAAUGGCUACCAAUAAGUGAAUAGCAAAAUCUUAAUAUUAUAAAAAAUACUCUUUUUAACAGUCAAGUUUAAGAAAUUACAAUCCCUCUGAAUUAUCAAAACAUCAACUGGACCAUUGGACAUUUAGUGAAUUCAACAUAAUACACUACAGAAAGAUCUUUUCAAACUAUGCCAAAGAAUUUGCAAAGUGUUUGUCACAUUACCAGAAGUAACAUUGACAAGACGUGGAAGCAAUGUCAGCAAGCUUGCUGUAAAAACUCCUUGUUAAUUAAAGGGACGCAAUAGUCACUAAAACAGCUUUAGCUUAAUGAAGCAAUUUUGAAGUUGUUUUGGUGACUACAGUGUCCCUGUAAGCAAAUGAAUGACAAAUAAGCACUGCCACUACAAUAUAAUAUAGCAGACCUGGUAACACCACAAUAUACAUGUAAACUAUACACAAAAUGUUGGAUUUGAACAAGCUUCACAACAUUCAUAUCAAAGGUGAUUUAGAACAGACAGAGGAUAAUGACACAGGUCAGCCAUUAUCACCACGUCACUAGAAAAGGGAUGGAACAGAUCAGAUAGGCAGAAAAAAAGGUGUGACAUUAAUAGACUAUCUGCAAUAGAAGUUUUGACAAAGGUUUGACAGAGACAUGUAAAGGAUCAAAACGUUGCCAGGUCCACUUUCAUUGUGGAAUAACACAUCAUUUAAAGGAACAUUUUAAGCACUAUAGACUCUGCUUUAUUGGGUAUGGUGUCACAAGUGCCCUUGCACUGUACCAAUGUAAUUUGUGAAACCAUCUUAGCGCAGUCUGGCACUUACCGGGGCCCCGCUGAGCAUCCACGCUGCUUCUGUUCCUCUCAAGCUGAAAAAGCAAAAUGUUAGUUUGUUCAAGACAAGAAUUUGAUAUCUGAUCAUCUGCUUGACAAGGCUGGACACAGCAAGGCCAUCCGGGAAGUUGUAGAUGAGCAUCAAAAUGGUUUCACUGGUUAGUCUGGGAUGAAGAAGGCUGUAAUGGUUCUGGUGCCAGAGUGUUCUUUUAUAUUUUGAAUACUGGUGUUGUUGCACUUCUGUAGCAAUUUGACUUUGAGGUCCUUUGUGUGGAGACACAGAGGAACAUGCCCAAAGGUGCAGGAUAUAUUGUCAGCCUCCUUCAUUUUCGUUUUUUGAGAUGGUAAUAUGUUGAAAACACAUAUAAUACUGGUAUUAAAUCCAAAGAACAUUAUCCAUCGGAUACCAAAUCUGCAUUGAACUCCUUAGUUUAAUAGAGUGAAGUAAAUAACAAAUACAUUAAAAUAUGUAUGCAAAUAUAUAAUGCUAAUGUUCAAGAGCCUCUGGGCCAUUGUUACCAUUGAGUUUAUGCUUGUCAAUCUAUAAUAAUGCUAAUUUCUUAUAAUACCCAAAAAGGUGGAGUAAAUAUAAGAGUUGUGAGAUCAUGUCAACCACAGACCAUGUGUGAUGCAGUUGCAAGUAUGAGCUAUUCUGGUGGAAGAAUCAACACUGGGGUAUCCUGCUGCCUUACUGACAACUGUUCCCCAGCUUACCCUACAUGUAAGUAAAUCUGUUUUCACAACGAAAACAAUUCUACUGAAUAGUAAAUUGAUUUAUUUCUGAAAAAGUGUACUACUUUCCAAAUGUGUCUUCCCUUAACAGUCUUUGUUUCCUGGCUAUGUCCUAUGGUAGCAUUCAUUGGUCAUUUCUCUCCUUCAGUUGGUAUGGCAGGAUGAUGUGAGUUAUUAAUGUAGUAAAGAAAAACUGCCUUCCUCUUUGGUGUCCACAGUUUUUCUUGCCAUUUAAGCAAGUAAGCAACCUCCUGCUUAUCUAUCUAAUCGUUGGCAGGAUAUUUUUCCACAUAGCAUUCCAGGAAGCAUUGUUCCACUAUCCUACCUGAUAAAAACUUAGCAUGACUUUUUUUUAUUAAAAUCAGACUCUUUCUAGCUUUUACAGAAACCCAUGGAAGGGACUACAUACCAGCAAGAUGUUUAGUCCUCUGAUGUCUUAUAUUGGUUUACCUCAAAGUAAAAAAAAAAAAACGGAAUGAGCCCUUACCCUGGUCAAAAAAAAAAAUAGAUAAGAAAGACAGAAAUAAAAUGAAUACUUAGAAUGACUUUAGCAAUUUUUAUUUUAAUUUAACAGGAAAUGAAGGUUUAUUCAUACGCAACUAGGGACAGAUGUCAUGCAACUAUUUGUGCAAACAAGGAUAAACUGACAACCUUAUUGGCCUUCAGGGAAAACUGAGUCCCGGGUUCUUUGAUGGCCAAUGUACCAAUAAUUUCGGGCCCUCUACUCCUUCUACAAUAUAAGCUUUAUUGAGCAGGGCCCUCAACACCCUCUGUUCCACAUACUUGCCUGUUAGUCCACCUAUUGUAUAGUGCUGCAAAGCUGUUGGCAUGUAUAAUAAUAAUAUAAAGGAGCAUAUUCCUUUUGUUGUAUAUAGUGUGUAUGAAUGCAUGGGCGUAUUUGAGUUUCUACAAUUAACAUGAUGGCCCUUAUGCUUUAUCACUGUCUUGUAUUUUUUUUUUUUUAAAUAGUACUAGUAUGAAAACCAAAGGUGUUGCUUUGGUGGUUGACUAGGGGUUUGAAGCCCCAGAUGCCAUGUUCUUUCGCCCCUGAUCUCUACAGUUAAUGAGGGGGAAGGAGUAUAACAUUUUUAAAUUUUACAUCAGGCAGCAUCUUCUCAAUUCAGCCACUGAUUAUAAAAAGAAAAUAUAGUUAUAUAGUGCUCACCCAUGCUACUGAGGGGGAGGUGGUGGGGCCUCCCAAGUGCUCACCUUUCUAUUACGUGGACAGCUUGGCAGCAUCAUAUUGACUACCUGGCUGUGCAGCAUGAUCUUAUUUGUGGCUAUGUUUUCAUUGAGAUCCCAAAGAGCAACAGCAGCAUGCUGUUCAAGUGUAGGGGACAUUACAUACAAAUGGGAACAUCACAUACAAAGGGAACAUUACAUACAAAGGGAACAUUACAUACAAAUGGAACAUUACAUACAAAGGGAACAUUACAUACAAAUGGGACAUUACAUACAAAGGCAGUAAUAUGUCAUGACAGCCCCGCCUCUCUGUUAGUGGAGGGGUCAUCAAGUUUUGGUUUGGGUUUAGCCUUAGGUUUUUUUUGAACCUAUGAAUUCCCCUUUGUUUUUCUCAUAAGUUUGUAAGCAAGGUAGUGAAAUUGUAUGUAGCUUCAGGUGGUCACUGAAUGUGUCAAAGUAAAAAUGUAUGUGUGUGAUAUUGUAAAUACAGAUAUGUGAGUAGUGCAAACCAGCUGAAAAUCCCAAGUGGUUGGCCUAUACAAGUAAAUUCUGGGUGAAUGCUAGUGUAUAUGGAUACUCUGUGUGUGUGUGUGUGUGUGUGUGUGUGUAUGUGUGUAUGUGUGUGUGUGUGAAUGCAUGGAUGACAGUGUAAAUGUGUGCUUGUAUGUGAAUGCACAGAUUAUUGUGUAUUUGUUGUUGCAGGUGUUUGAUGUCCUAAUGAAUAUUUUCUUGUGUUUACACCAUGUGAAUGCACAUUUGAUCAGUCAAUGACCCGUGUGCCUACCUAAUAAUAAUAUCUGUAACAUUAUUAUAAUGUAUUUAUCAGGCUCACAGCCAUGGGAGUGAAUAUGAAUAGGGAUGAGGAAGGCCUCUCUCGAACUUCAACUUCUGAUUAAAUUAAAUGAAUAACAUUGAGUUGGAUAAUAAUAACAUGUAUAUUCUAGAACAUGGUAGCAAACAAUACAAUGUAUUGUCUUACAACUUGCAAUAUGUUUAAAAAAAAUAUAUAAUGAUAAUUAAGGCAAACAUAAGCAUGUAAUUUAUUAUGCAAUUCAUUCUACAUUAUAGGGCCAUCCAAUAAUUCCCAAAAUGGACUGAAAUGCCCUACUUGCAUAAGGACAAAUUCGUCAUGCACUCCUUCAGUAAGCCUUCUUUGUACGGGGUACGAGAACGUGUGUGGUGUCCAGACUAUAAAUUCAAGUUCUGGUAAUGUGUUUUAUUUUAUACUUUUUGCAUUUUUCUUUUUCCUAUUUUAUUGUCCUUCUUUAUCCAGAAGUACAACAACAUCACAUUAUUUUAUUUUAAAGGCAAAUUGAUUCAGGAAAAAAAAAAUAACCGAGCCUUUUGGCCUAUAAAGCAAUCACAUGAGUCCACUUUUGUCAUCUGUAAUACUGUGUUGCAAUAUAGUUAAAUAUUUCUUUUGUUUAACUAGGUUUUAGGCUAUAUGAGUCAUGGAAGAUUGAGAUAGUACAUUUUAAAACAUACCUAUUGGUACAGGUAUUUUGUUUAUCGUAUAUAUAUAUUGAGUCUUUGUAUCUGCUUUGUAAAAGCUGCACACUAAAACUUCAUUUGAAAUAAGUUUCAGGGAUAUUAACUAUUCACACACUUUUUUAUUAAACAGCAACACAGCCACUGAAGAAUCAGAAUAUCAAAACCACUUUGUGUAGUUCAAAAUAGUCAAUUAUAUUGGUAAACUCUGCAGUACAAAUGCAAUAUUUUCUAUAUGGAAAUUAACAAUUUCACCAAUUCAUUCUGCAGUCUAUAGUCAACACCGAGAAGGAUAUGCACUAGAGUGAGAAUUCAAAGGAAAUUCAAAGGGAAUUUCUAAUCUGAUGUCCAACUAGCUAAACUGACAAAGCUUUCUAACUCAGCUGUGCUUCCCGUCCAGCUACCAUGGGUUUAAAUUUGAAAUUCAUUUUGAGAUCCAAAGUUCUCACUUCACUUCUCACUUUAGUGAAUGAUCCUGUUACAGAUUUCAAGACAAAACAGAUUGUUUGGUUUUUAUGUCAGUGAAAAUAAUGUAUGUUUUCUUUAUAUGAAAAGGUUCAGUUCAGACACUGGUUUCUAUUAUAUUAAAUAAAUAUUAAAUUAACUUUUUUCUGGAGAUUAAUAACAGUUUUUCUAUCGAUGUGGACAGAAAAUCAUAUGCAUUAAUGGAUAUAUUCUUCUCUCUUUUACUAUAAUGUAGCACAGAUUGUCUACAAAACUAAAUUUGAAAACAACAAAAUAUCCCAUUAUUCACAAUAUCUCAUUCUUGUUAAGUAAAUGUUUUGUCCAACUAAAUAAUGAUCCCUCAAUCACUUAACAACCGAUAAAGGGAUUAUUCCAUCAUGGAUAUCCUACCCUAUUCCGUCAUGCCGUAUUUUACCAGUGAGGACCAUAUACCUGCUGGUAACUGGUAACAUAAACACAAAAAUAAUUCAGCGCUAGUAAUCACAAAAUUAGUCAAGGUAGGCAGCAACCCAAAUGAAGGAAAACCCCUCGGGUCCUUCGGUGGAUAGAUACAAAAAGAUAUGGAAGGGCUGUGCCAAAUAAGGGUAGAUAGUCCAGUAAAGUAUUGCUAGGGUGCCAAUAGAUGGUCUAGGAUACUUGAUAGAGUUCCUCUGUGGAUGCGUCUAGUGUAGACCGUUCCGUAUAUGUAAAUACAAGAGAGGUAGAGGCGACUAAUGGUAUAGUAUGAAAGUUCAGGGUGUGAUAGGUAACAAAAAGUAAAGAACUCACAUUCAAGAGAGCUAUGGCCAGCUCUGGUGUGGAUUGCGUACAGCGGUAUAAUCCCCGCUUAUGGGAUAUGUAGGGAGGGGGUCUCCGUCAACACCGUCUGGUAGUCCAGAACUCGGAAAAGAAAGACAGAAAGCAACAAUAGUGCUCUCAAUUUUGAUGUGGUUCAAUGUGCAGAUAAGAAGAGGUAAAAAACUCACAUUUGAGGGAGCUAUGGCCAGCUCUGGUGUGGAUAGCGUACAGCGGUAUAAUCCCCGCUUAUAGGAUAUGUAGCGGCGAUACGUCCGUCAGCACCGUCUGGUGAUCCAAGGCUCCAAUAUAGAAGAAUAAAAAGCAGCAAUAGUGCUCUCAAUUGUGAUAGGUUAAGAGAGUAGUAGAGAAAAUAAAAUAAUACUCACAAAGAUAGAGCAGAGGUACUGCUCUAUGGAUAGGCGCUGGUGGUAUGAUCCCCACCUAGGAUUUCUUGGAGUACUGGAACUUUAAAAUUGCCAGUGGAAGUAAAAGUAACCAGGAAAGGUUAAAAUGCCAGGAAUAGGUAAAAAAAAGUUGUUUAAAGUGCAUAAAGAGUGCAAUAAAAAGAGGAUUGGUACAAUAAAGUAGCCAAAAAACUUUUAUUGAUCUAAAAUACACAGUAAAAUACAGAAUUAAUAACCAUAAACGCAUUUCACCAUAAGUGGCUUCUUCAGAAUGGGAUAAAAAAAAAAACUGGUAACAUAGCUCGCAUCUUCCCUUACUUAACACCAGGCACAGCUAAAAGGUGCUGGUAAAUGCUGUUUUUCAUACUCGCCUUGACUACAGCAAUUCCCUUCUCAGUGGUCUUACGUGUUCCCAGAUUGCCCCAUUACAAUCUAUAAUGAAUGCGGCGGCGAGGCUCAUUUUCCUCCCAAACCUCCCCUCUCUGUCAGUCCCUACAUUGGCUUCAAGUUAGAUAUAUCGCUCAAUUUAAGAUUCUACAUAAUGCUGCUCCAACCUACCUAUCCUCCCUAAUACACAAGUAUGUCCCGUUGAGGCCCCUGCUCUCUGCCAAAGACCUACGCCUAUCCUCUAUCCGUACUCCCACAUCUGAUGAUCACCUUCAAGACUUCUCCAGGACUGCACCUUUUUUGUGGAACUCCCUUCCCUUCUCCGUUAGACUUUCACCCAGUCUCCACUCCUUCAAAAAUCUUUGAAAACAUACUUCUUCAGGAAGGAAUAUCAUUUAAACUGUUAGCGGGUUUUCAUCUCUUCAUCUCAACUGUCAAAAUUAACCUAGUAAGUUCUCAGUGAUUACUUUUCUAGAAACCUAUUUCAUAUAUCCUACUUAUACCCUAUGUGUCACUAUACCCCACUCCCUCUAGCAUGUAAGCUCAUUCAGCAGGGACCUCAACCCCUCUGUUCCUGUGCGUCCAUUUGUCUGAUUACAUUCACGUGUCUGUUAGUUCACCCAUUGUACAGCUCUACGGAAUUUGCUGGCACUUUAUAAAUAAUAAAAUAAUAAUAAUAAUAAUAUGCCUGGGACUCCCCUCUGUCAGUUAGGGCCAGAAUUAAUAAACCCUAUACUAACAGAUGAUCUGUGAUACAGCCCUUUAAAUCACCAAGGCUAAAAUUUCAGAUUCAGCCACAAACUCAGUGACAUAAUUUCUGAGAUCACCAGAUAUUUUUUUCUGAUAGGGAGACCUGCGUAGUCUUUGAAGACCCAAAUCACUGGCUGCAGAGGCUUUCCAGUGCUGCACACUAUGAGUGACUAUGGCCACAGUGGGACUUUAAAUCAUAUUGUGACAGUUUUCAGCAAACUAAGUUGGUAACAGUGUGGAAACUAAUCCCUCUCAUGUUGCUAGCAUACAGUGCAGAGUAAUCCCUCUAAUGCUAUUAUUUGAGCAAGGGUUAGGAUUAGGGAAGAUUUUAGUAUUAGGAUUCAGUGUAUGUUUAGGAUUAGGGUGAGGAUUAAGAGGAUUAGGACCAGUAAGGGAACCCUGUGCUGAAAUCAGCAUGGGUAUCCCUCUGUCGAGGCACUGUUGCUCAGAUUUUGGUUAGGAUUAGGGUUAGGUUUAGGAUUAGGUUUAAGAUUAGAAUUAAACAUUUGCAAAAUAUACGUAGGGUGGGCUGUUGUACUCAUGAGAUGUUGCUGGGUACAGUUAUUUAAUUACAGUGACACACAUAGGACUUAAAAAUAAAUGACUAUGAGGGGAGAGAACAGUCUGAGCUCAUGCAAGAUGCUACUAAGGAGCUUGUCCAUGCUCUAGUAAUUUCUCUCAUGGAUUAUUGUAACCCUCUCCUAAUUGGUCUUCCCAAAAACUGUAUUGCCCCACUACAGUCUGUAAUCAAUGCAGCUGCCAGACUGAUUUUCCUCUCUAGUCGGUCCUCUCACACCUCACCCCUCUGUCAGUCCUUACAUUGGCUUCCUGUAUACUAUAGGAGUUAAUUCAAAGUGCUAACCCAUACCUAUAAACCACUAAGUAAUUUUAGCCCCUCUUAUAUCUCCUCACAAAUCCAUAGGUAUGCCUCUUCUCAGUCUCUCCGCUCUGCCCGUGACCUUCUUCUUCUGUCUACUGCUCGCACCCGUACGCCCAACUCACACUUGCAGGACUUCUCGCAGGCAGCUCCCUUCCUAUGGAAUAGCCUGCUUACUGCCAUCAGACUCUCCCCUAGUCAAUUGUUUGAGAAGUGCCUAAAAACCCAUUUCUUAAGGAAGGCCUAUGGGAAAAAUCUUUGCAGGUUGUAUCAUUCAAUAGCAAUUCAGACACAAUAAGCACGCACUAAGGCUUGGGCAUAGAAACAUUUAAAGAGCCUGGACAUGUGUCUCCACGCCCAAGUCUUAAUUAUAAAGAACAUAAAUGCAUAACUUGAUGAGACAGAACAAAUUCCUAAAUGCAUGAUACAUAUUUUCACAUGACGAUAUGUGUACAGGCUGUACUCAGGACACAUAGCAGAACACAACUUGGGUAUUUUAAAAAUAAAUUAAUAUCAUAAACUUUGAAAGAAACUGAUGAAAAAAUGGCUGUGAAGUAAAGCUAAAAAACUAAAGCUAUGAUAACCUCCCAGGUGUCUACUUUUGAAAGUAGUAUAUAUUUAUGAAGUAAUUUGAAAUGUUAAACUGCUACAAUCACCCCAAAUGAGAGAUAGGCCCAUUUAUCAAAAUUCUCAAUGUUGCUCAGGGGCAUACCUUGAACAUUUGGUGGAGGAUCCUGUAAUUGGCACCCCGUCUCCACCCUAGAUUUUAAAUGUAAAAAAAUACCCACCAUUUUUUAAAUGUUUUCAAGAAUAUUUACUGCAUACAUUUGUAAAAAGUAUGUUAGAAAGAGCCCCCUCAAGAACCCAUAAGAGACUACAAUUGAGUCGAAUGGGCCCUCUAACAAUCUGGCCUCCUUUCACAAUAUAGUAAUAUUAUAUAGCUCUCUGACUGCCAGCCCAAGUUGGCUCUUCUCACCUUAAUUACUGCUGCUGACAAGCUGCUGCUAUGGCCAGCUGGUGGCUGUCGCCAGCUGGCUGCCUCUUCCACCCAGCCCUUCUGCAUGCCUCUUUGUUCCUCCCAGCCCCUUUGUGUGUGUCUUUCUUCCCCCAGCCCCUUUGUGUGACUGUUUCCCUCCCCAACCCCUUUGUGUACCUCUUCCUCUUCCCUGGCUCCUCUACCCCCCCCCCUAAGCCCCUCUGCGUGUCUCUCUGUCCCCCCUCAUACCUUCUGUGUAUCUCUCUGUGCCUCCAGCCCCUCUGUAUAUUGUUCCACAGCCCCUCUGUGUGUCUUUUUUCCCUCUUCCAUGCCCUUUUCUUGUCCCCUCUCCUCAUGUGCCCCUUUUUUUUCCCUCCCCUCCUGUGCCCUCUUUAGUCCCCUCACCUCCUGGAUACUGCAUUUGUGCCUUUCUCUCCUGUGUCCUUCUUUUGGCCCCCUCUCCUCCUGUGCCCUUAUUAGCCCCCCCCAACUGUGAUCUUCUUUGUCCCACUUCAUGUGCCCUUCUUUGUCCACCCUCCUGUGCCCUUUUCAGCCCCCUCGCCCUCUGUGCCAUUCUCUGUCCCCCUCCUGUGACCUUUUUAGUCCUCUCCCCUCCUGUGCCAUUCUUUUUCCCCUCAUGUAUCCUUCUUUUGACUCCUCCUGAGCCAUUUUUAGCCCCCGCCCCUGGUGUGCCCUUAUUUGUCCCUUCUACUGUGCCCUCUCUAGCCCCCUUCGUGUGCCCUUCUUUGCCCCCUGUAACAGAGCUUCCUGUAGCCCGGUUGGGUACCUCCGCCAACGGAUGCUCCUAAUGCUUACCGAGGGCUCCAAGCACUUCUCCAGACACCAUAAGUACUGCAGAUGCCACGAACUGCCGCAGCUUAGUUAGGGUCUCGCUGUCUCCUACCAACACUGGUCCUACGAUAAGGCUCCAGGUUCCAGUGGGUAAACCUCUCUUCCUCCACAUAGCCCCAUAAAAGUCACAUCCCCUGAUAGCCCUGAUCUGGGUGAACAACAUAUCUGAAAAUCACGCAGAUCAGUUUAGGGGUUCAGGAAUUUCCUGGAAGUCCUAGUUUUGACCGACUGCAAGCAUGGCCCCAAGCCCAAAACAGUUCCAUAUAAUCAGGGCUAACGGUCGGUCUCUCUGUCUGGAGUACAAAAGUACAUAACUCACAUGAACAGAGCCUGUUUAAAGAAUUUUAGCCAGGUUUAUCACAGGGGCCAUAGUCACAGGGUAGGAGGCUGGCAAACAGGCCCCUCCAAAAAACCAGUGGUGAAGUUGCUUUCGUCACACCCCCCUCUUGGCCCUCCUUAACUCCCAUCCCCUCCUGUGCGCUCAUUAGCACUGUAACUAAGGUAUAUGAAACAUAUGACAUGUCCAACUUUUUAUUGAUAUUGUGUUUACUUACUAACUUUAUUUUAUUUUUUUCAGGAGUUCAGAUGUUUUAUGGUUGUGCUACAGGAGCGUUUUGUGAGAUUGCUAACAUUUCAAUGAAUGCCAGCAGAGUGAGCAAGGAUUUUACAUACUCCUGCAACACAACCCCAGGUACAAGAGGGGAGAAUGUUGGAAACAUGUUGGGUUCUAGUAGCUAGGUCUUUCCAAUCCUCCUUACUUUUUAGUUUGAUGUUUUUUACAGUUUGAUCUACAUACUGACCAACACUUGACCACUAAUUCUUUAAUCUGCAUUAGUUAUAGAGGCCAUUUUUAGGACAAACUUUAAAAGACAGUCCAAAUCUGAUGUAUCAUAGAUAAAACCAAAAAAAAAAAAAGAACUUAGCCAAAAUAAAAUCAGACUGAAACUUGCAAGAAAUUCCAAAUGUCCAUAGUGGAAGUAACAUAAUGCUAACAAUAAAACUAAUCUUAGCACCAGACAAGGAAUCCCCUGUUAGAUUUUAGCAGCUCUUUAUUUUUCUGUUUUAUUUUGACCUCUAUUUUUUAAAUAAUAUAUAUGCAUUUACAAAAGUCCCAUUUUGUGUAUGUGAGGGACAGAUUAUAUCCUUAUCUACUUUAAGAGACUGUAAAUAUCCUAUGAUGUCACAUUUGCUGCAUGUAUCAUGGGUUUUUGUCAUAUCUGUGUAUUCUAGCUGGUUCUGUUCUCGAGUGCACAUCGUGUUUUGUAUCAGGUGCGACAUCCUGCAAAGGGAGCAGCGUGUUCUGUCCACAGGGAUAUGUCUGUGCUUCCAUUUUUACAAAAACUGCCACUAAAGGUAUGCAAUGUGUAGCGAUAACUUAAAAACUCAUAUUUUCUAUAUUCUGCAAAAUUCAAACAAAAUGAAUAAUCUAAAACAAUUUAAAAAUAAAGAGUAUGGUAAAUAUUUCUUUAAGUACUGGAGAGUUUUUGAUUUAUAAUACAAAUCAGUUUUUAUUUAUUUUAUUUUGUCUUGUAAUACAUUUUAUCUUAUAAUAGUUUAGCUUAUUUGGUAACAAGUUUGUGUAUUGUAAACCAAAAGGCUAAAAAUAAGUAAACAGGUCAAGCAAUCAGGUGUGAAACUUCGAGUGAAUUAAAAAUGCUGAAUUUUAAUCUGUUAAAAAUAUGAGCUUUAAAACAUCGGCUGCAUGAGCAGGGGACUUUGUAACUGAAUUAAAUAGAGAAUGUGACAUAAAAAGAAAAACUUGAUUAAAAAAAUAAAUAAAUUGUCCAAAAACAUAUGCUGUUUAAUUAUCUCUAUAUUUACCAAAACUCACUUUUGUGAGGUGUCAAAAAAUUUAAUUAAAUUCAGAAACCUACACAUCUUUAUCUUGCAUCUAGAACUGAUACUCGUAACUCCCUGUCAAUCAUUGUUAUAAAUUCUGUCCUUUGCACCUGCCAGUCAGUAUAGGUAAAGCACAGAAAAGUGUAGAAAAUAAAUACAAAGUUUCUUUCUACCCUGUUCACUUGCUAUAUUUGUCCUGGCCUUGCCUUGUCAGAACUAGACUAUGAUGUAAUUUAAUUAAUCUUUAAUAUAAAUUUAAAAGGAAACUGAGGAUUAUAUGAAGAAAGUUAUCAUGCGUUCAAUGUUGUAAAUAACAGAGACGUUACUAUUUAAUUAAUGUAUUUAUUAGCUAAUAUUUUCAUUGGUAAACUAUAUUGGGUUAUUCUGUUAUACUAAAUAUAUUAAUAUGAACAAUGGUUCAACAUGUUGUCCACAGAUGGAGAAACUGUAAAUUUAAUUAGAUCCUGUCAACCAGUGAGAAAGUGCAGUCAAUAUGGAACCAUGAGUUAUUCCGGAGCUAAGAUUAGUUUUUUAUCAAAAUGCUGUGCUAACAACAACUGUACUCCAUCUAUACCUACAUGUAAGUGCUUGUCUACAUCUUACUCCCCAGAACAACUCCUGACUUUGACCAACAGAUAUACCUGAAAGUGUGUGCAUGCACUUUAACCUCACCUCUGAAAUGGGCAAAACCUUUGAUUUAUCAUAUAAUGGUAUUUAAAGUUGCAUAAUGAUAAAGGACACCUUCCAAAGAGAUAUUAUAUAAUCGAUCCCUCAGCUUUGUACCUGGCUCUCAGUUCCUCCUUGUUAUACCUGUCUAACCCUAAUAAAGAAAUUACAUUUUAAAAAUAGCCCCCUCCCGAUUCCCUACCUGGCAUUCUGUAAUGCAUCUGGUGUCUCCAUUCUCUCCUUUUUCAGGGUCGUACAGGACUUUUAAAAUAAAGGAUGAUGGGAUGGCAUCUCAUAUUGUAUGGUAUGCAUACUAUAAAGGAGCAAAGUGACAGACUUGAGUUGGUAAAUGCUCACUUGCUAUGAUCCUUCACAACCACGUGAGUUGUGGCUUUUAAAUAGCUAAAAUAAUUUCCACCAGGAAGCCUUCAUUUUACUUCUGCCUGGUGGAAGUACGAGAAUGGUAGAUCUUCCUAAAGUUGAUUUAUGGAACACCACCAACGAACUCUGACAUAACAUUUGUAUGAAUUAUUGCCAUGACAUGACCAGCAGCUCUCACAUAUUGCUAUAAUUCAUAUUAUAUAAUUUGUCUUAUUAAAUAUUAUUAUUAUUAAUGAAUGUAUGUAUUUAUUUAUUUUGUGCAUUUACAUACAGCUUUUUUGUGCAAAUCAUCUUUGCUAAUUUCUUCCCAUGUAGGGCCAAAUAGUAAUUCUACAGUUAAAAGACGAACAUGUCCAAGCUGCUCCUCAAAUAAUUCUUCUUGUACUUACUCAAAUGAAAUACAAUGUACUGGGAAUGAGACUAUAUGUGUUUCUCGGAAUUUGCAGACAUCAGGUAAUUAUAUUCACCAAACCAUUUAUUUAUUUAUAGCUUUUUUGUUCGCAUUCAACAUGCUUCAAACAUAAAGUUAUGUUGUAUUUUUUUGUUAUUUUUUUAUUCCAGCUACUAAGUAAACAGUUUCAAACCUGAUUUGCUUCCAUAGUAUUACAAAUUAAAAUUAUUAAUCAGUUGUCGCCAUGUUUUGCAAGGAUGUAAGACACAUUUAAUCUGUGACUCUUUUGGUUAGCUUAGUAAAACAUAGUGAAUGCAUAUUAAACCAAAGAAAUCCUGUCAUAUCUCAUUAGCAUAACAUGGCUGUGAUUCGGCAAUCUGGAUGCCAGUUGUGACAUCAGGUGAAGACUCGUAGAAUCAAAGAGAACCCAUUGACCGUGUCUGAGCCUUUGCACUUAGACAUUGUCUGAUUAUUGUAUGUGAUCACACACAUAGAACUUUGAUGCAACCCCAUCAAAGAGCUCAGCUCCAAAGGACAGAAGAAGGAAUUAAGUCAUUUUAACGUUGUUGCUUGGUACAGUGCGGCUAGCCUUGUACACUCUGGUGACUGCAGAGAAACCCUAUUGAUGUUAAAGAACAAAUAAAUUACUCAAUUUGGAAUUUUUUCUCUAGUUGAAGCACACAAGUAUUGCAUCCAAAUCUAUAUUUUUAACAUCACAUUUAAAAAAAAAAAAUAUAUAUAUAUAUAUAUAUUUAAUUUUUCCAUAAUUGUUGCAGAUACAUGUUUAUAUUAUAAGUAUUAAAAAAAUAUCUGUCUCAUCUUUGAAAAACAAACAAACAAUAGUUAGCAUGUGCUGCUUUAAUCCACCCUUACGGCACUUAAGAUCGAGGUUUGGAGGAUAACAUGUGCAACUUAAAAAUAAUAAUAAUAAUAUAGAUUAUGUAAUUAAAUUUCACAGGUGCCAUGUCAGAAGAAGAGGCAAUUCGUGGUUGUGGGACCACUUCUCUGUGCUUUCUUAAAUCCCUUUCUGCCACAGGAGGUGGUGUAAACGUUAAGAUGAAUUUUACGUGUUACAGUGGUGGUUCCAUUCUCCGUUAUGGAAUUUUGUUUCCAUUUUGGAUAUUUAACUAUUUACUUCAAACAUUAUAA